AUGGGGGCCUGGAAACUGAGAAAUGACAGCAUCCUCCUCCACACCAUGUCACAGCAGGCUUCUGUGGCCCUACCGCUUAAGUGUGACAGGUCGACCAUGGGCAGACACUUGGACGAGGCGAUUCGCUGCACUCUGCUGAACUGCGCAUGUGAGAGCUUUCAGCCCGGGAAGAUCAGCCUGAGGACAUGUGACCACUGCAAGCACGGCUGGGUGGCCCACGCGCUGGACAAACUGAGCACGCAGCACCUGUACCACCCAGCCCAGGUGGAGCUGGUGCAGUCCAGCGUGGUGUUCGACAUCAGCUCCCUGAUCCUGUACGGGACGCAGGCCCUCCCCGUUCGGCUGAAGAUCCUCCUGGACCGGCUCUUCAGCGUGCUGAAGCAGGACGAGAUCCUGCACAUCCUACACAGCCUGGGCUGGACCCUGCGGGACUAUGUCCGCGGAUACAUCCUGCAGGACACCAUGGGGAAGGUUCUGGACCGCUGGAGCAUCAUGUCGCAGGAGGAGGAGGUGGUGACGCUGCAGCAGUUCCUGCGUUUCGGGGAGACCAAGACAAUCGUGGAGCUGAUGGCCCUGCAGGAGCAGGAGGGGCGGACGGUGACCAUGCCCCCCUCUGAGGGCGAAUCUGGGAUCAGGACGUUCAUAGAGAGCACCAGCCCCACCCGAAGCCCUGCCCUCCUGGCCCGCCUACAGGGCAGGGGCCCCGACAGCGUCCACUAUUUUGAGAACCUCCCCAACAGCCUGGCCUUCCUGCUCCCCUUCCAGUACAUCAACACUGGCUCCGCCCCCUCACUCGGCCUCCCGGCCAAUGGACUUACGCGGUCGCCGAGCCUGCCAGCCAAUGGGCUCACGCAGGAGCUGGGCUUGCCCAAUCAGAGCGAGCCGGUAGAGGUCAAAGGGUCAGAGGCGUCUCUCUCACCCUGCUCCAGCCUGGGUGCCCCGGUGGGGAGGAUGGACCCCAAGGUGGAGCCGUGCAGCACGCCUCCGCACUCCCCCAGCCCGCCCCAGCACCCCCACCUGCUGAAGCCUGGUCCACGGAGCCUGCCGUUUGGCACCCUGUCCUCCAGGCCGCAUCGCAUGCGACGCCUGGGCGCGGCGUCUCGCAAGGGCCGGGUCUGCUGCAGCUCCUGCGGCAAGACCUUCUACGACAAGGGCACGCUGAAGAUCCACUUCAACGCCGUGCACCUGAAGAUCAAGCACCGCUGCACCGUGCAGGGCUGCAACAUGGUGUUCAGCUCGCUGCGCAGCCGAAAUCGCCACAGCGCCAACCCCAACCCGCGGCUGCACCUGCCCGUGCUGCGGAACAACCGUGACCGCGACCUCAUCCGCUCUGCCAGCCAUGCCCACUCAACCACAGCCAUCAUGAAUGGCCCCACCCACUCGGCCACGCCCGUCAUCUCUGCUGUGCCUGUAAUCUCUGUCCACAUGGCCACGCCCCUCCUGCCGGUCACACCCACCUCCAGUUUGGACCCCCAGCUGCAAGGCUCUUUAGUUUUCCCCUCCCUGAAAUCCGUUCAGCCAGCACAGCCCAUACCGCCAUUUUACCGCCCGCUGGUGCCGCCCCCUGGCGCUCUCGUCCACUCCCCGGUCUCUCUAACUUCCCCCACCAACGGCCCCUCCCUGACUCAUCCCAUCUCCUGUAGCCCCCGCCUCCCCCUCCAGGACCCUGGCCCCGAAUCGGCCCCCAAAAAGAAGCCCCGGAAGUCCAGCAUGCCCGUGAAAAUCGAGACGGAGGCGAUGGGCACGGCUGGGGAGUACAAGGAGGUGGAGGAUCCUGGAGACAACCAUGGUAACAACAACCGCAGCGUUAGCAACAGUAUCCGGGACAGCCAGCUAUGUUCUCCUUCCCCAGGAGAGCGGAGUUCAGGCCCCGCACCUCCGUGGACCUGCUACGUCUGCCAGAAGAGCUUUAGGAGCUCAUACAGCGUGAAGCUGCACUUCCGGAACGUUCACCUGAAGGAGAUGCACAUCUGCACGCUGUCCGGCUGCAGCGCUGCGUUCCCCUCACGGCGCAGCCGAGACAGGCACAGCUCCAACAUAAACCUGCAUCGGAAGCUUCUGACCAAAGAGCUGGAUCACCUGGCCCUGGACUCACCCCCAACACCCCUGCCCCCGAUCCUUAGCGGCCAUGAGCAGGGUGCUGAGGCUGUGGGGGGACGAGAAGGCGGGCGUGGUCGAGGUGAAGAGUUCUGCCCCAUGAUCGAGUGCGGCUCACACUCCCCUGAGCGCUCCAUAUCAGCAGAGCUCCGUUCGACCUCCAGUGCAUGGUCCAGUAACAGCGCUGAAUCAGACCCAGGGAGCAACGAAGGUGCCCUGCUGAACGAAACGGAGGCCGUCGGUGAUGGGGACUACAUCUGCCAGAAGGCCGAGCAGCUUGGGGACACUGGCUUGAGCGAGAGUCUGGGUUGUAGCAGCGAAGCAGCAGGUUGGCAGCAGUGUGACCCCUCCCCCUUGUGUCACAACUCCGCCCCCUCACCAUGUAACUCCUCCCCUUUGUCACAAGGUUCCUCCCCUGCCCCGGCGACCCCGCCCCCCCUGCAGUGCUGCUCCGGGCCACUGGGGGCAGUGGUGAGCGCAGCAUUCCGUGGCUCAUCUGCCACGAAGCCCUCAGCGAUGGAAGGUCCCUGCGGAUCCAUUACUGCACUGUCCUCCUACGGGAGCAUGCUGCGGAGCCAUGCGCGAUUCCCCUGCAGAGACAGACGCAGCCAGAACCCCACCCUGCAUAAAAACACAGCCCCCCUCACAGCCAUGAUGGACUGA